CCUAAAUGAAACUCAGACAUGCUAUUGUAACCAAUCAUGCUUGCAACAAUCAUCAAAUUUUAUACAUAAAAAAACAUUGUGAUAUCACAUCACAAUCAAAGUGCAUGUAUAGUUGCUAUGGAGACUCCACUCACAAUAGCUAGAAGGUGUACAUAAGAAAGGAUGCAAUUAGCGCAGUAAGAUAUUAUGAAACUUGUCAUGAGCAGAAUCACAUAUAAGGAUUUUAGAUUUGAGAGAAUACAAAUCUUGGAUAUUUGAGUAUUAUUUGAGCACAAUAUCUACUAACAGAUAUUUGAGUAUUAUUUGAGCACACUGUAUACUAACAGUAAGAGCAUAUACUCCACAUUGGUAUUCUACAUACUGGGCAAUUAUUAAAACCACAUGGCAUGUUUAUUAUUACCUAAGAUAGACGGCAGAGUAAUGAUGGACACGAAUAGAAAACUAGGAAUGAGUUGUGAUAAACAAAUGACAAACACAUUAAGGAAGCUACAACAUUCAGAUGUGGAGCCAGGGAAAAUCUUGGAAUCUUCGGAGUAUGUUCCCCUGGACCAGAGUCCUGAAAUAACUAGGAAAAAUGGUGACGUGAAGUAUAAAAAUAAAUUAUUCACCAUGUUAUUCGAAGGAGGUAAUCGUACAAUAAAACUGAUGAAUCGUAAGAAUGGCUGCACUCUUCCGCUGACUGAUCUCCUUGGUCAGGUAUUAGAAGAGUUAGACUUGGACACAUCUGGUUGUUUUGGGGAACAGAAAGGGGACAAUGUAGCUAACAUAAAUGAAGCUCUGGAAAAUGCCCUUGAUGAAAUGAAAAAUAAUAUCCUGGAUGAUGAUUGGAUGGCAAGAUCGAACAUGGAACGACAUCGUAAAGCUGCAGUGUGUUGCGGUGUUGUUCCCGUCCAUAAUGAGACAGAGAGCUUCCUUAUCUGCUCAAACAGUCCAAAUGAAAUCCACCACCAUUACCACGACUCCUAUACCUGGCUAGAAGCUGUGAAAGAUAAAAACAAAGAACAAGGGGAAACACUAAAGGAGAGUCCUAAACAAAAAUAUAAAAACACUUUUCAGUUUCCACCUCAUCCUUACAUGGAAAAUUGUGUUUUAGGUAAAAAAGGUUACGUUUAAAUAAGGAUUCACCAUCCAUAUGUGCAUGAAAUGUGCCAUUAUUUAUGUUUGACGGAAAUAUUUUGGAAAGCAAAUCAGAGUUGAUAUCUUGAAAAAUACACUCCAA